ACCCGGAGCUGGUAGUUGAGGCAGUGGGAUCCCGACGGAGGCGAGGACGCUGGAAGGGGUACAAACAAGACAUUCCCUACUCUCCAAAGAUGAGAAUAUUGGUCCUGGAUGUGAUUUUUGAAUUUGUUAGUGACAAUAUGUGGUGGUUACAGAUUUUUGCCAUUUUGCUUCUGGUCCGUUUUGUCUCCUGGAUCAUGGAUAAGAUGAAUAAUGGAAAAUUAGAAAUUGGGGAUGGAUGGUGGGGCCCAGGAAGUAAGCCACGCACACCUGAGGAUGAAAGCAUUCGCCCCUUCAAAGUAGAAACCUCAGAAGAGGAGAUCAAGGACUUACACCAGAGGAUUGAUUUGGCUCGAUUCACAGAGCCUCUAGAAGACAUCCGAUUCCAUUAUGGGUUCAACUCUAACUACCUAAAGAAGGUGGUUUCUUACUGGAGGAACCAAUUUGACUGGAAGAAGCAGGUGGAGAUUCUCAACAAAUACCCACAUUUCAAAACUAAGAUUGAAGGGCUCGACAUCCACUUCAUCCACGUGAAGCCCCCCAAACCACCAGCAGGCCACAAAGUAAAACCAUUAUUGAUGGUGCAUGGUUGGCCUGGCUCCUUCUUUGAGUUUUACAAGAUCAUACCUCUCCUGACCGACCCCGAGAGCCAUGGUCUGAAUUAUAACCAGAUCUUCGAAGUCAUCUGCCCUUCCAUUCCUGGCUAUGGCUUCUCUGAGGCAGCUCACAAGCAAGGUUUGGACUCUGUGGCUGCUGCUCGGAUCUUCUAUAAGCUGAUGAGCCGCCUGGGCUUCCAGGAAUUCUACAUCCAGGGUGGUGAUUGGGGUUCCCUGAUCUGUGUCAACAUGGCCCAGAUGUUGCCCUCACAGGUGAAAGGUAUCCAUGUGAAUAUGUGCUUUAUUUCGAGUGGCGCCUUCUCCAUGCUCAUAUCUCUUCUGUUGGGACGGUGGUUCCCAUGGCUUUUUAACUUCCGAGAGAGAGAUGUACAGCUGUUGUUCCCUGCCAAGAAGAUCUUCAAUUCUAUAUUUAGAGAAUCUGGCUACAUGCACAUCCAGGCCACCAAGCCUGAUACUGUAGGCUGUGCACUAAAUAACUGCCCUGUGGGGUUGGCUGCCUACAUCCUGGAGAAGUUCUCCACCUGGACCAAUCCAGAAUAUCGAUACCUGGAGGAUGGAGGACUGGAGAAGAAAUAUACUUUGGAUGACCUGCUGACCAACAUCAUGAUCUACUGGGUGACUGCCAGCAUCAUCCCUUCACAGCGAUUCUACAAGGAGAAUCUCGGCCAAGGCAUUGGGACAAAGAAGCACGACAAGAUGAAGGUAUUUGUGCCUGCUGCCCUUGCCGCCUUUCCCGAUGAGCUGUUGCACUGCCCUGAGACUUGGGCUCGGAAAAAAUUCCAGAAUCUCUGCUCUUAUACUCAUAUGCCCCAAGGGGGGCACUUUGCUGCCUUUGAGGAACCUCUGCUCCUUGCCGAGGACAUCCAAAAGUUUAUGGGGAUACUACAGAAGAAGUGAGCUACAGAACAAGAGAUACUACCCUCCCACCCAACCCCAACUGAUCACAGCCUAACCUCCCCAUCAUUUCCCAGAUGCCUCUGGCUACCAUUCAAUACCACUUUCCCCAAAUUACAGCUCCAGCAUAAAUCUGCCACCUAUCUUGGAAACAAUGAUGGGAGGGGAGUGUAUCAGCUCUUCCUACCUUGAAUCCCAAGGUUGGUCUACUAAGCUGGGGAAACUGAACCUCAUCCUUGUGGCAUGCACCAGAUCCUGUUAUAUUUCUGGGUGCCUGGCUAGCCAGAAUUGCAUUCUACGGUGGUGGGAAGGGUCUUAAUUUGGCAGUGUGGCAAUGGUUCCCCUGCCCCUUGCUAUUCAAGCUUUUUCCUGUUGCUUGUUUACUUAUAUCGCUUAUGAUGACAUAGCUGCCAAAUGAAUGAUUUUGUUUCCCUUCCCUCUGGAGGCUGCAGAGAAGGAGCAGCUCUACUCUGGUAGGGGGAGUUUCCUCACCCAGGAGAUCCCAACACUAACAAAUUAUAGGUCCAAGUCUCUACCCCAUCUCUGUAUGCUGGGUGGAGCCCAAUACACAAAUUCCAUGUUCCCUACAAGUCCCAACACUUUUCUUAGGUCUUGAGGCAGUAGAUUUGGCCUGGGUGGGCCUGUGGAAAGGAAAAUGACUUUUGAUAAUAAAUUCUUUUGCUUCAGAA